GACACUUCCAAUGCCCGCUCUCACUUCGAGCCCCUCCAUGAGGGAGGUAUAUAAUAGUCUUCGUGUGAUAAGAAUCAGUGCUGAACAAUCCCAAUCUCACUCUCAAAUCCCGGCCUCGCCCAGAACAAUAGCACCUUUUGUCGGGCAAAUCUAUGAGCCCCGAUUUGAUCACCAAGGCUGCCGAACACCUCCAUCUAUCGUCCCUCCUCCCUUCCAAAAUGGCCUCCAACCUCCCCAAGGAGUACAAGGUCGGCGUCUUCGAGGCCAAAGGUGAGCCGAUCAAGUUCAAGCAGGUCAAACUGGAGCUGCCCAAGCCGGGGGAGGUCCUAGUCAAGGUCCUUGCCUGUGGCGUCUGUCACUCGGACCACGCCGUUCGCUUCGGAUUGAUGGGAAACAGCUUCCCCAUUGUCCCCGGUCACGAGAUCAUCGGUGAGGUCGCCGCCGUGCCAGAUACUGAGAAUCGCUGGAAAGUCGGAGACCGCGUGGGAGGACCAUGGCACGGUGGCCAUGACAACACCUGCGUUUCGUGUCAGCGCGGGCUUUUCCAGAUGUGUGAAAAGGAAGCAAUCAACGGAGUCACCAGGGAUGGAGGAUACGGGGAAUAUGUCACCUUGAGGACAGAGGCGGUUGUCCGGGUACCCACCGACGUCGACCCAGCCGAGUACUGUCCCGUCCUCUGCGCAGGAGUGACGGUGUUUAAUUCUUUGCGGCAACAAAAAGUCCUUGCGGGUUCGCUCGUUGCGGUCCAGGGACUCGGGGGCCUCGGGCACCUUGCGUUGCAGUACGCAAGCAAAAUGGGAUACAGGACCGUCGCCAUCUCCUCGAGCUCUGACAAGAAGGAGUUCGCCACUCAGCUGGGGGCACAUGAAUACAUCGACGCAUCCCAGGGCGACAUUGGCGAACAACUGCAGAAGUUGGGAGGCGCUGCGUGCAUUCUGUUCACCGCGCCCAACGAGAAACUCAUUCCUUCGUUGCUCGGUGGACUGGGCCCGUUGGGCAAGCUCAUUAUCCUGGCAGCAUCGGCCCCCGCCCAGGUGAACACGGCAGCCAUGAUUUCCAAGGGCCUCAGCAUUCAGGCAUGGCCCAGCGGUCACGCUCUCGACAGCGAAGAAGCCAUUUCCUUUGCCCAAGUGCACGGGGUGCAUGUCAUGAUUGAGAAAUUUCCGCUGGACAAGGCCAACGAAGCCAUGGAGAAGAUGACCAGCGGCAAGGUUCGGUUCCGAGGCGUGCUCAUCCCAUAGGAGGAUGGACAGGAGAGAGAAGUCAAGGGGGUGACUAGAUCACUUUCUGACAGUCGCGAGGAGUGUGUAUUAUGCUAGGGCAUGACAGCCACAACUUGGAUAGUUCCGAUGAUACCACGAUUGCAAUCUGCAAGCUCUUUAGAUCA